CAGCAGCAGUAGCCGUGGCUUCAGCCAGUCCAAUUCUCUCCCCACGGCGGGCUGCGUGGGGGGCAGCAGCAGCGUGUCGGCGGCCCGUCGCAGCCUGCGCCAGUUCCAGAUGCCCUCUCGGAGCCUGCCCGGCGCCAGGCUGGGCCUGCUGGGACCCACGCCACAUAGCGCCAGCAGCACCCCCACUGGCCUCAAGCAGGGACGACAGGGUCUUUGGUUCGCCAACCCCGGGGGCAGUAACAGCAUGCCAAGCCGAACCCACAGCUCAGUGCAGAGGACCCGCUCCCUGCCUGUCCACACCACGCCACACACCAUGGUCAUGUUCCAGCAGUCUGAUCUCCAGGUGCCGGUGACUGAACCAGACAUCAACAACCGGCUGGAGUCUCUGUGUCUGAGUAUGACGGAGCACGCUCUGGGAGAUGGAGUCGACCGCACAUCCACCAUCUGAGAGGAGGACCUGAAGGAGACCAGGAGAGACUGAGCUGGUCCCAGGAGGCUCGCCGAACACCCAAAGCCCCCCACACCCCACCCACCCCACCUGCCCAUCAGGCACCCCCAUAGCCAAUGGGAGAGGUCAACCGGGGAGGUGGGCGAGCUCCAAAUCACGCCACGAUUAGCCAGACUGUGAAAAACUGCUAACACAGCAGCAAAUUGGCAUGUUACCAUCUCGACAAAACACAGCUAUGCCCCAGCACCCUCAUAAGAAUCUGGGCUUCAGUGACAGAUAAGGCAGUAUAGACUCCCCUCCUCACAGUGUCGCACCCAGUAUAACUACCCACAACAGUGUCUGAGGAGUGCCCUCUGCCGGGCUAUGGGAGAUAUACUGUAGCAUCACUGGGGUCGGCCUCAGCCAACAACCGAAUGGCUCUGUUGAAAUGGGGGGGGUUGUGCAUUAUGGGUAUUGUAGAACAUCAUGCUACAGAGUUUCAGACUCUGUUCCCUUCUCUACCCUCACCCACAGUCCCAGUUACAGACCAGUAACACAAUCCACACACCAGUUCACACCAGUCAGCAUUUCUCCCGGUGUCACUGAGCCAAAAACAAACAAGCCAAGUAAACAAUGUGGGACACUUUGUGAGAGAAGCCUUGGCUUUUCCUCCCACUGUUUGGGAGAGUUUUAGGGAGGCCAUUUUUCAAAAGGCUUGGGAGAACCCUAUGCUCUGUAUAGGUGACAGAAAAAAAGCAUUUCUACAUGUAUUGUUUACACAAGAUGCUACUAUCAAGGGUACCGAAACAUUUAUACAUUUCAGGUAUGAAUGUUAUCUCUUGAAUUUUUUUAAUAACUUUUUGGAAGGCGGUGACAUACUACCCGUACUAGUCGCUUUAUAGACUAACGUCCCACAGUAGCUAUCAUUAUUACCACGGACUUAUUCAUUGUUUUGUUUUUUUUGCUUUUGUUCCUUUACCAAGGGCCAACGUGUGUGAAAAUGAGAACGCUAAAAAGAGAAAGGGAUGCGGCGGAGGUGUGUAGAAGGAAAAGAGAGGCAUGAGGAGGGGAUGGGAGGAGGGGAAAUGAAAGUGGAGAAACACAGGAUGGUCUCUGCCAAGUGAUUUGGAAGGAGAAGAGGACUUUAGCGAUGAUGGAUUCAUGUCAGGGGCAGGGACUUUGAUUUGAACCGAGACAAAAGAAAAUAGCCUCGCAGAGUUGUGGUAAAGUUCAGGGUAAACUCAUCUUAUACACCAGCCAAUGACAUAUUAUAUAUACACGUGUGUGUGUGUAUAUAUGUAUAUGUAUAUGUUUAUCUAUAUAUAUAUAUAUAU